AGUCAGUCGAGGUUUCCACUGUGCGGAGGGAGCACGUGACAUCAUAAAUUGAAUCGUUAAUUAAUCGAAUUUGGUCGUCACACAAACAAACCUUCCGCAAGGUCCAUAUGUGGUGUUCUGGCCUUUAGACUCGUAAAUAUUAAAUCUGUAAUAAAAUUAUAAUGCAACUUAACUUGCUUCGAAUAGUAUAAUAAAGUACUUACCUGAAUUUCCAUUCGCUUAGUAAUUAGUAAAAGUUAAUGAUGUCGGCGGUGACAAUUACCACCACACUUACAAACGGACAUGUGCCCAAUGGGAAACUGGAAACAGGAUUAAAUGGCUACAGGAAAAAUGGAUGUAUCAAGCCAGAAUUGGAAUCUGUCUCUCUACGCUUAGCAGCUCCGUUUAGCACAGAUCCUGCAGCAGUGUCUGAGCGCGAACGAUGCCAUUACGGGCGCAUCCCUCGGGCGGUGGCGCUCGCUGGUGCCGGCGGCCGCCGAGUCCGCGUCUACUCCGACGGCAUCUACGACAUGUUCCACCAGGGUCAUGCGCGACAGCUCCAGCAAGCUAAAACUGUCUUCCCAAACGUGUACCUCAUCGUUGGAGUAUGCAGUGAUCAGUUGACACACAGUCGCAAAGGACGCACAGUGAUGACAGAAGACGAGAGGUAUGAAGCCGUCCGACACUGCAGAUAUGUUGAUGAGGUAAUCCGGGAUGCGCCAUGGGAGUACGAUGAGGAGUUCUUAGAGAAACACAAGAUCGACUUUGUGGCUCACGACGAUAUCCCGUACACGACAGAAGACUGCGAGGAUCUUUACGCUAUGAUCAAGGCCAAAGACAUGUUCGUCGCCACGCAGAGGACGGAGGGUGUGUCAACGUCGGAUAUAGUAGCGCGGAUAGUGCGCGACUACGACGUGUACGUGCGGAGGAAUCUAGCGCGCGGCUACUCCGCCAAGGAACUGAACGUGUCAUUCCUCAACGAGAAGAAGUUCCGCUUGCAAAACAAAAUGGAUGAACUCAAGGACAAAGGGAAAAAAGUUAUGACAAAUAUCGGCGAAAAACGAGUGGAUAUUUUGACGAAGUGGGAGGAGAAGUCUCGCGAGCUCAUAGACGCGUUCCUGCUGCUGUUUGGGCCGGACGGUCGGCUGUCGAGCAUCUGGAAUGAAUCGAAGGGACGUCUCAUGCAGGCGCUCAGCCAGCCGCCCUCCCCGCGCGCCUCGCCCCCGCCCAGCGAGAACGGAGACUCCCCGCCCCUACACAGAGGAUCAGCGUCGCCGCCACCGCCAAAGUCGCGCCGCUACGAGACCUUGAGGGAACCACAAGCAGAUGUAUCGAGCUCUGAGCGUGAUGGGGACUCGGAAGAGGCCGCACAACGGCAGCUGACCGACGACGGCUCAGAGGACAGCGACGACGAAUAUCAAGACACCAGCCCCUACCUUUAGGCAUCAUGGUUACAUUACCAAUGGAACUUUAUACAUAGUUAUUUUUAUACGAUGUACAUCGUCCAUUUUUUAUUAUUUUGAAGCGCUCGUUGCUGGUGCGCACACAGUGGUGCCUCUUCGUACGUCAGCAAUGUUAAAUUAUUUGUAGUUACGUCUCGAAAUUCGCAUGAGUGUUGGAGUACAAUUGAAUGAAUGUAUUUAUCCUAUUAGUCUUAAUUUAUAAAGCAUUAUUUAUGUGCAUCAAAAUGAUGGGUGUAUGUCUACAAAUUGUGAUGUUAUAUGUAUGAGAGCAAGGGUGAAUUAUGUUUAUUUUAUUAAUGUAAAAUGUGAAGAGAUUUGGCUAUUUAGUUAUAAUAUAAAGAAAGUGAGUUACAAAACUAAACAUGAAAUCGACGGAUGUAUUAUAAAUGCAGUAGUAUAGAUAAUUAUCUAAAUGAGAAGUAGUUAUUAUAGCAAUGUACAUAGUAUUAUAACUACCAAUAGAUUUGACAAACAUUAUCUUGGAUUUAUAAUAUGCCCUCUAUUCAGACAUAUUCAAGUUGGUAUCUCACUUUAUUUUUAUAAUAAAUCUAGUAGUAAAAGUAAAUAUGAAUUUCUAAAAGGUUCUAUACAUCACUAUCAUGUGUAAAACAUUACAAUUGUACAUAUAUAACCGCCAUGUGAUACAUACUAUUAUUUAUGUUUAUAAGUCAUUUUAUUUCUCCAUGAAAUUGAUGAUUGGAGAAUGUCUGCAAUUUGUUAGCACCGUUAUACCAUUGUAUAAGAUAUUAUGUGCAGUACUGUUGCAUAGAUUAUACUUUUUGACAGUUGAUUAUAAAGGUGCUUAAUAUUUACAUUUAAGUUUGUUUUAAUUAAACCUGUUCCCGUUAUAUAAAUGACCUGAAAUUUUGCAAACAUAUCAAGAGGUCUACCGUUAAUUCUA